AUGCUCCGUGGACUUACAGCUUUCAGAAAGCGUACAGACCAACCCCAAAGACCCAAGACCGGGUCAGACUCCAGCAGGUUCCUGUGCUGUCCUCUGACUGGUCUGACAGACGUGAUGAUCUGUGUGUUUCAGGUCUGACCCGAUUAGCAGACGUGUGUUUGAACGACCCCGUCUGCAUCUACAUGUCUGGUCCGGCCCCCUCUGACAUACUGACCUCUGACCCCAGUCCAGCUGGGCAGUCUGAGAGUUUUGCUCUUCCAGAGGCCCUGAAGCAGUUUGUGGUUACUGUUCCCAGUAAGAUCCGCCUGGUCUGUUUGGCUGCUUUCAUCCUGGACAAAUGUAAGUUUUCUCAGGACCAAAAGCUGAUUGUCUUCAUCUCGAGCUGUGAAGCUGUUGAGUUUCUCCACUUCCUCUUCUCGUCUGUCCUCUCUGAGCCUCUAGCCAAUCAGAAGGCUGAAUUCCACUUCCUGCGUCUCCAUGGCAACAUGAAGCAGGAGGUAAGAAAACCGUGUGACAUGUCACACUGUUGA